AUGAAUCAACAACAACAAUUGAGGUUGCCGCCUCCUCAAUCACCAGGAAUCAUGAUGCAAGAACAACAACAACAACAGCAGGCGAGAGGAAGACCAAACCUAACUUCGUAUUAUAAUAGUAGCAUUAAUAAUCAAUAUCCAGUUCCAUCAAUGCCUCCCUCUCCGAGUAAUUUUGGAGGAACACCAAAUGGGAGAUUAAUGUUUGGAAAACCAACAUCAUCAACACCAAAUUCUUCAAAUAAUAAUGGAAGACCAUCUUCUGCUCAACCAAUGAGAACUGUUUCCAGACAAGAAAUUAACAAUAACAUGAAUAGAAUGAAUAAUAGACAGCAACGUCCAACGAGUGCAUCACCAGCUGCCGUAAAGAGUGCUCACUUUACGAUGGGAGGAACAGAGCCACUUAAACCAAGUGAGAGAAAAAUUGGAAGAAAGCACUUUGUCAAUGCUCCAACAAUUAUUACAACCACAACUUCAUCUUCUGAUAAACUUGAUGUAGCAGAGACAUUGACAAUGACAUCUUCAGGUCUAAGGACAUCAAAAAGUGAUUUGGAUAAACCAUUCCACUCUCUUUACCAAGCUUAUUGUCGAAGAAUAAGAAUAGAACCUUUGGAAUUUAUUGUAGCAAACAGUUUAACAAAAGGUCUGUUUGAAAUUGAUCUCGACUUGAUCCCACAAGAACAUUGGAAGAGAUGUUUGGCUGCUCUCAAAAACUCUCGUCAAUCCUUCAAUUCCAUUAGAAUUGCUUGGGGUGAAUCAAAUUAUGUCAGAGAUUUCUCAACCAUCACCAACAACAAACCUAAGACUACAUCAUCCUCUCCAUCUCUCCUCUCCAUCAAAGAAUCCAUGCUGAUCCAUCAAAUGAGAAGCACCAAUCAGUUAGAAAGAAAGACAAGCUCGAGGUCUAUUAACCUUGUCGAUCCAAUUACAUAUGCUGACUCGCUAAAGUUUGUCAGAAUUCUUGCUCCCUGCUUUAGUGCAUUUUUGUCAAAAUUGGAAAUUAUAGGAAUACCCAUCUCAAAACAAUGUACAUCUUUCAUGCAAAAAGGUCUGUUAGAAGCAAAGAGUUCACUGAGAUGUCUUUCAUUAAAAAACACAGGUCUUGGAGAUGAGGCUUUCAGAGAUAUUGGAUGCCUGCUUACUCAAUUCAUCAAAUUAAGCAAGUUAACAGUGAGUGGUUGUUGCCUUUCUGAUGACAGCUCCCAAUACAUUCUCAAUUUAAUGAGGGAAAGAAUUAAUCAAAAGAGCCAUGAAGCAUGGUUAGUAAGUUUAAGAGGAAACCAGGAAGCCUAUGAUAGUAUUGAAGAUUUGACAUCGUUGGAUCUUUCUGAUAACUAUUUCUCUGAUUCUACAGCUAAAGCCAUGUCUCAUAUCUUGUAUGAUGAUCAAACGUUGAAAAAAUUGAAUUUAAGUAAGAAUAUUAUUGGUGUAACUGGUAUUUCAUUAUUCUUUGAUGUGGUAGUUCACAAUGAAGUAAUUGACUAUAUUGACUUGAGCGCCAACUUUGGUGUAACAGAAUUUUCAGAAAAGUUUGAUUCUCACACUCUGUUCACCAAUUUCUUCGAUUCACACGACUUUAUAUUCCAAAGAAUUUCUAAAAGGAAAAAGAAAAAGACCUCUGAAGGUGAAGAAAAAACAAAAACCUCAAAGAAUGGGAAAAAGAAGGAUUCCAAGAUUGUUAAACUCAAAGUACCAUCCAAGUCUGAUAGAGAUGCUCAUCAAGAACUCGAAUCCCUUGCGUCUGAUUCACUCUCGCCAAGGUCAGACGAAACAGAUGAAAGUGGUUAUGAAAGUUGUACAGGUAGAAUUGAAGGAAAUGACAAGAAAUCAAAAGAGGAAGAAGAAAAGGAGAAGAAGAAGGCUGAAGAGAGAGAAGAAAAAACUCUCAGGUUGAAGCGUGAGUCUGAGCUCAUUAACAUGCAAAUUGAAUUCAAAAACAUGGAUGAUCUGUUGGUGAAACUCAAAAAGAACAAGUUUGAAAAUGAGAAUAGAAUUCAAAGCCAAGAGAGAAGUCUAACAGAUCUCCAACAAGCACUUGUACAACUCACUCAACUUGUGAAUGAACUUCAAGAAGAAAAACAAACCUUAAACAAGCAACUAAUUGAUACCAAUGAGAAACUGGAAAAGUCGCAAACCAAUGUACAGUCGCUAACUUCUAUAGUGGAAGCAAAUUCCAACUCUUCGAAAAGGAAGGAUUUCAUUCAACCUGACAUUCAUAUUGAUCCAUCCCUGAAACCAUCUCAAGUUGCAAAUGAAGAUAUUGCAUUCAGAAUUACAGAAUUAUUUAAUAAGAAAAAAUAA